UCAGCUGACUGUGAAGUCCAGUCCAUGCUUGCUAAUAGAAUGAUCUCACUUCGGGGAAUUCAGCCAAGUCUUUGAGUGGCAUCUCUGAGCUCACCAAGUAGACACCGUGAGCAAAGCUCCCCCUCCCGAGCUGAAAACAUUUAUGGACAAGAAAUUAUUGAAAUUAAACGGUGGCAGACCAGUGCAAGGAAUAUUACAGGGGUUUGAUCCCUUUAUGAGUCUUGUGAUAGAUGAAUGUGCGGAGAUGGCAACUCGUGGGCAACAGAACGCGAGUGGAAUGGCGGUAAUUCCAGGAAAUAGUAUCAUGUUAGAAGCCUUAGAACGAGCAUAA